AUGGCACUGCUGGCCCCAAAUAUCAUGUCAACCACUACCACUUUCCUUCAGCUCGGAGAGCUCGAACAAAAAUCUAAAUCCUUCCAUCGUUGUACAUCUUCCAGUAAUGCCAGUGCAUUCCAGCGAUCGACACAAGAGGGGAAGACUCCGGUUCCAAAGCCUCUAGAGAUGACGCAGCAAGUGCUUCUUCUCAAGGGUGUUAAAGAACAAUACACAUUGGUGAACGACCACAAUAUUCCUUCCAUCUUACACCCUGGGGAGAUAUUGGUCAAGGUUCUUGCCAUCGGCCUCAACCCGAUCGACUGGAAAGCACCUGCAUUCAAUUUCGGGAUUCCUAGUCUACCAUGGAUUAAUGGACGCGAUUUGGCUGGGCUUGUUCUUCAAGUACCCGAAAAAUCACGACUGCGUGUAGGCGACAUUGUUCUGGUACCCUCAACAGACUACCGUGAUAUCAGGAAAGCAGCGUUCCAAGAAUAUGCCAUUGCAACAGACUUCAACGCCGCACGAAUCCCAUCCUCGACCUCGAUCAGUGCGUCCGCCUCUCUUGGUGUUGCUUUUGUUGCAUCUGCUCUUGCUUUGGGUGUUUCACUUGGACUAGACUUCUCGCUCUUCACAAAAUCGCCUGGGCCGAAUCUGGUGAAUGUUGUCGACCAGCUUGUUAAAAACAGCAUUCCUGCCGACAUUUUGAAUGAGUGUUUUGCUUCAUCGGAUCGGCCUCAACGGGGUGAUUGGGUUGCCAUGUGGGGAGCCUCAACGACUACUGGUUUAAUCACGCUCCAAUUAGCAAAGCUUGCUGGUCUGCGCGUAAUCUGCGUCGCCGAUGUGGCCCGACAUGGAACUAAGCUUUUGCAGCUCGGCGCAGAUCUGCUAGUAGAUCGACAAGACACCGAGCGCGCAGUCGAGAUUAUUCGAGGUGUUACAGGUGGUAAAUUAAGAUAUGCAAUUGACAUCGUUGGAAAAGAGACGGCAACUCUCCUUGAAAGAACGUUAGAGACAUCAGGCCAGUCCCAUCUACUGGGGUUGACAGGUCUACCCAAAGAGCGAAAUCCCGGGAUCCGAUAUCAUACCGUGCCGAUUAAACUUUUCCAUGAGGCUCCCGCUGUCGGUGAGAGUCUGGUGUGUUGGUUGGAGAGUUUGCUGCAGGAUGGUACAUUGAGUUUACCGGAUAUUGUUCGUGCUGAAGGAGGGCUGGACGGCAUUAAUGCGGCGCUGGAGACGCUGCGGGAUGGAUCGGUUUCAGGUAAAAGGAUCGUGGUAGAUCUCGGUGCUCAUUCAUGA